UUUUCACACCAUAAAUACCUUGUCUUAUAGGCCAACCCACUCCCAUAUUCUGCAACCUUUUUGCACGAUUCCACCAAAUAACUAGAAACAAGCCCUAUUAUUGCAGAUCGAGUUUUCAGCUAUGGAGUUUCCAAAUCAAGCAUCAGAAGGAUCAUCUCAAACUAAGAAAAAUGGAAGAGGGAAAAUAGAGAUCAAGCGGAUCGAAAACACAACGAACAGGCAAGUAACCUUCUGCAAGCGCCGCAACGGUUUGCUGAAGAAAGCCUAUGAAUUGUCAGUUCUUUGUGAUGCCGAGGUUGCUCUAGUUGUCUUCUCAAACCGUGGCCGCCUCUAUGAAUAUGCCAACAACAGUGUUAGAGGAACUAUAGAAAGGUAUAAGAAAGCAUGUGCUGCUUCAUCAAAUACAGAAUCUGUAGCUGAAGCUAAUACACAGUUUUAUCAGCAGGAAUCAUCUAAAUUAAAAAGACAGAUCAGAGACAUUCAGAAUCUAAACAGACACAUCCUUGGUGAAUCACUUAGCAGUUUGAGUCUAAAGGAACUAAAGAACCUUGAGAGUAGAUUGGAAAAAGGCCUAAGCAGAGUUAGAUCUAGAAAGCACGAAACUUUGUUUGGAGAUAUUGAGUUCAUGCAAAAGCGGGAAAUUGAGCUGCAAAACCAUAAUAAUUUGUUACGAGCUAAGAUAGCUCAACAUGAGAGAGCACAGCAACAAGAACAGAGUUUGCUACAGGGAAAUCCAUGCGUGUCUAUACCUUCACAAUCAUAUGACCGGAAUUUCUUCCCUGUGAAUGUCCCCAAUCAUUAGUAUUCGUCAUGUCAAGACCAAUCUGCUCUCCAACUUGUAUGAUGAUAAACUGGAAAGCCUCAUGAAAUUCUGCCACAAUCUUCUCCAUCUUAUAAUCUAUCUGAAUAGUUUCAAGUGGUGUCUAUACUGGAGAGCCAGUACAUGCCCAAAGUUUAAAUGAGUGUCUUUAGAAUUUCCUUUAGUAAAAUUCUUCCAACUAUGCACUAGUGAAAGAAACAUUUGUACCAAAUACAAUAUGUUUUAUGUGUUUUUCAAUAUACUUUCUAUCA